UCUAUUUAUAGCCCCCAUUUUACUCCCUACAGCCUCCUUGUUAAAAUAUUAAUAAUAAUUAAUUAGAGAUUUACUAUUUUAACCUACGUUGUAUAGCCCCUAAAAAUUAUAUUAUUAAAAUUUAAAUUAAUUCAUCAAUUCAAUUUAUUUUUUACUACUCGCAUUUAUCACCACCGAUCAUCCCCACCAUUCAUAGCCCCCAAUCAUAUGGAGUAUUACUCCCAUUUACUACCACCGAUCAUCACCACCAUUCACAAUUCACAGCCCCCCAAUCAUAUGGAGUAUUACUCUCAUUUAUUACCACCGAUCAUCACCACCAUUCAUAGCCCCCAUUCAUAUGGAGUAUUUACUCUUAAUAUUAUGUAUUAGUUCAUAGCCCCCAUUCAUCACCACCGAUCAGUCGCUCGGUCAGCCUUCUCGGCCUCCUCUUAAUUCGGCGAAGUCAUCGAAUCGAAGAUUGUCAAUGAUGGUGAGGAUUCGGUUUUGUGACAUUCAAGGAUGAGCAGUCCAUGAGGGAUGCGAUCGAGGGGAUGAUCGAACAGGAAUUGGACGGCCGUAAAAUCACCGUCAACGAGGCUCAGUCCGGCGGUGGAGGCGGCGGAGGUUUCCUUGGCCCACGCCGCGAGGGUGGAGGAGGCGGUGGUGGUUACGGGCGCCGUGAGGGUGGCGGUGGCGGUGGCUAUGGAGGCGGCGGUGGUGGUGGUUACGGGCGCCGCGAGAGUGGCGGUGGCUAUGGAGGCGGCGGUGGUGAGGGAUAUGGCCAUCAUGAGGGCGGUUACGGUGGCAGUCGUGGAGGUGGGUAUGGCGGCGACCGUGGCUACGGCGGUGGCGCUUCUAAGGGAGACUGGAGGAAUUAGUUGUUAGGCUGUUAGUGUUGGUUGUUUGAGGUUUGUGGUUUGUGGUUUUUAGGCUGUUAGUGUUUGUGUUGACCUCUCUGCUGUUGGUGAAGCUUUUAAUUGUAAGAAACCAUAUAUUUGCAGAAUUCUAUGGAAUGAAGUAAAAAAAAAAAAAAAGGUUAUUGGUCAUAGUUUAUUGCAGGUUGGUUACACAUUCUUUCAUUUUUCUGGAAAUCUUUUUUCUUGGAGUGUAGUUCUUGUUCUGCAAUUGGUUGACAAGAAAAAAUUAGAGAAAUUAUUCGAAUGUAUAAACGUGUUUCUUUAUGAGAUUACGAUAUGAGUUAUAAAUAUUUUU